AUGCAAAUCAGUCAAGAUAUGUUUAAGUGGUUGAAAUCAUUAAAUGUAAUAUAAAAUGGGAUUCCUAAAUAAAAUGGUAGAAUAGAAUUAGAUCCUGAAAGUACAUCAGGCUUCUAUAACGGUUUCAAGAUAUCAGAACUAUUAGAUCGAUUAUCAGGAGUAUAUAAUUAAUAAAUAAAAACUUAAACUAAUCCAACUGCAAGAUUGUAUAAUUGGAAUAUAAUCACAGAACGAUUACAUCAAAUAAAAGUUGAAUUAGAUAGUGAAAUUAAGAAAUUAAUUAUUGAUGGAGAUUUAGAAAUGAUUGUUGAAGUAUUAAAAGAUGUCUAAUCUAAAUUUGUUAAAGAGAAUAUACCUAAAAUUGAAUAUCCUAAGAAGACUUUCGAUAUUGAAACUUUGAAUUCUGCUAAACCAUUAAGUUCUUGUGAAACUGUGCUUGAAUUUAUAAUUGUAGCACUAAGUUAAAACCUUAUAUUGAAACCAAAACAAUCAUAAUAAUUAUUAAAUAACAAUUUCAAAUUAUUAACACAUGUAUUUAUUAAGGGAGUAAAAGGAAUGUAUUUUUAAUUAGUAACAUUACUCUAAGAAAUAUAUAAUAAUAUGCCUAGAUUGAUUGAAUUACUUAGAGAAGAAGAACAUCAAAUAGGAUUCUUUGUUUCAUUUCUUAAAUUAUCAAUGUUUUCUAAAGAUUCUGAAGUAGUACAUUGGGGAUUAAGAUUACUUGGUAAAUUAGCAUAUGAUUUAUCUUAAUAUGACUUACUAUUUCAUAUGUUUUAAUGGUUAUUAAGUAUUUAAUAAUAUUUAUAUUAUCAUUUUAGAUUCUGGAUUAUCUACUUUGAUUGUUACACUCUAAAGAUAACCAUAAUUAGCUGAACAUUUAGCUACUGCUUUAUCUUAAAUUGCAUAAUAUGAUUAUAAUUAAGUAUUUGGAUAAUAGAAGUACUUCGAGAAUCCAAAAACAUAUAUUGAAUUCUAUGGAGCAUUAAUUCCUUAUUUAAAUUGUGAUGUAUAUUAAAUACAUUAUUGAUUUAGCUUAUUAAUUACAAUUUAGAAUAACAAAUACAAAUUGCUAUAAGAUUAAGUGAUAAUCAAAGUACAAGAGAUGAAAAAAAUGUUGCAAUCUAAUUCCUAUGUAAUGCUUGGAUUCAUUAUAAUACAUUCUUAGAAUAGAAUAUGCAAUAUUAAUAAUCUAUAUUAGCAAUGCUUUAAAGAACUGCUAAAGAUAAUUCAACUAUAUUAAAAUCAUAUUCAAUUACAUAAGCAUUUAGAUUAUUAGAUGGAUUAGCUUAAAAGAAAGUAGUUACAGCUGUAUCAGUAUUUAAAAAAUUAAUUUCUAUUCUUAUUGAAAGUCAAAAUAAUGAAUAUAUUGUUAGAUAAUUCACUUAUAUUAUUCAAAAAUAUCCAAGUAUUCCUAUUGAAUUAUUAAUUGAUGGUUUAAUUAAAAAUCAACAUUUAAAUAUUUCUGAUUGUGAUAUUUAUUAUGUAUUGAGUGCACAUCAGAAUUUAAAAGUAUAAUCAGCAAUUUCAAUGUUAGAAUUAUUAAUUAGAAUUUAUAAUAGUAGUGUUCUAUUUUAAAGUGCAUUAUUUCCAACAAUACAAUAAAUCAUUCAAAAAUUCUUAGAAUUAUCAGAAUUUUAAGAAUACAUGAAUAGAAUGGCUUAAACAUGUUUAAAUUUAUAUGUUAAUUCUGUAAAAUCUAAGAAAACUACAACAACAAUUACUAAUUAUUAAGAUGAUUCUGUUAUAAAUUCUUAAAGAAGAGCCUAAAUAAUAUAGUUAUUCAAAUAUAUAGUAUAAUUAAGAUGUUAUUAAAUGAAUAAUAUGCUUAAACCAUUAUUUGUGGGAGCACAUCUAGAAUUGAGAAGUAUAGAAAACAGAGACAAUAAAGGAAUAAUUUAAUUAUUGUAAAUGCUUGGUGAUCCAAAUACAAUUGUUGAUGAAUAUAUAACGAAAGAUUAAUAAAUGACAUCUUAACUAUUUUUAGAAAAGAAAAUGUAAUAAAUGGAAGGCAAUUAAUCAUAAGGUUUAGAAGAUCAAUAUCUUUAAAAAAAUAAGAAAUUAUUUGAAAAAGAAGAAGAUUUAGUAAAAUCUUUAUUGUUGGAAGAAAAGAAUGAAAACAAAAAUUAACAAUAAAAUAAAAAAAAGAAAAAAAGGAAUUAUGAUUUUGAUGAAUUAUAAUGUAUAUAUGAAGAAGGUGAACUUGCUUAUAAACCUAUAGAUGUGAUGUUGAUCGAUUUUUCAUUAGAAGAGGAUGUUGAUAGAGAAUCUAUGAAUAUAGCGAUUAAACAUUUCUCUAAAACCUUUAAAUAUUUAUUUAAUAAAUAUGCUUCCACACCUUAAGAAGCUGCUAAGAAUAGACUUAGAAGUUUGGAUCAAAGUUAAUUAGAAUUGAAAUCAUCUGAUAUUGUUAAAAUACUUUAAGAUUAUGAGAUAUAUAAUUUUAGUACUUAUGAGGAAAUAAUUAAUCUUAUUGCAACGAUUAAUCAUAAGUUUAAUUUAUUUAGUUUGAGUUCUUAAAUUAGAUAACUUCCACAUCAAUAAGAUAAUUAAACUGAAAAAUAAUCAUCUUUAUCAGCUACUACUUCUAGAACUGUUAAUUACAAAUUAGAUUUUGAGAACUUUAAAAAAUUCUUAAUUUAAUUUGCUAUUAUUAUUUUUGGUAGACCACCAAAAGAUUUUAGAAAAAUGCCAUCUGGACAUUUAUUAGUUGAAUUCUUCAAAUAUUUUUCAUAUGUUUCAAGAAGAAAGAAUGAGAAUCAUCUCAUUUUUGAUGAUCCAGAUGGAGUCACUACUGUAGCUGAUAAAAAUACUAUUUAAAAAUGGAAUGCUUAAUUACUUUAAAAUCCAAAUAUAGAUGUUCCUACUGAAACUAGAUUAAAAAAAGUAUAAAUUGAAAGAGUUUCAUUACAUUAUUAAAUGAGAGAUGUUAUUAAAAAUCUAAAUAAAUCUUAUUUAAUAUGUUUUGAAAUUGUUAAUGAUCUUAUUUAAUCUAAAUUUAAGUAAAAAUAUAUAUAUAAUUAGAACUAAUAUUGUUGAACCAAUAUUUAAAAUAAAUCUCAUUUUUGAAGUUAAACCUAUUGCAGCUAAAGGAGUUCAUUAAGAUCUUAAGAUUGAUCCUUUGAUUGAAAAGUAAGAAUAAUUAAAGAAUUCUCUUACACUAUUACCUAUUGAAAAAUAAGAAAUUAUGAAUAAGUCUUUAGAUUUAUCAUAAUUAUCAGAAGAGAGAAUUAUUAAUAAAAGUAUAGUAGAAAAGAUUGUUUCAAAAUAAGAAGAAGCAUUAAAAAAAGAAUUGAAGGAUAUUAAAUGGCAAAAAAGAAAAGAUUAUUUAGAUAAACAAUUUGAAAGAAUUUAAUAAUUUAAAGAAAAAAAAGAAGAAAUAAGAUUCAGUGAAUCAUAAGUACUUGGAGAAUAAUUAAGAGAUUAAAAACCAAAACACAUUAAUUAUAUGAAUAAUUUAAAGAAAGAAUAUAGAAAAAAUUAAUCAGAAGUAAUAAUAAAAAAUGUUAUAGCAUAAAUAGAAGAAAUUAAGGAUUCUUCAAGAAAAUAAGGAGAUAAAUAAUAAGAUAAUAAAUAAAAGAAAUAAUAAUAAUAAUAAGAUAAUAAAUAAUAAUAAUAAUAAUAAUAAUAAUAAUAAUAAUAAUAAUAAUAAAAAUAAUAAUAAAAAUAAUAAUAAAAAUAAGGAACAGAAAAGAAAUUAACAAAGGAAGAUAAAGCUGAAUAAAGAUUUAAAGCAAAAACAACUGAGAUGGCUGCUCAUUAUAAAACAUCAAUAGAGAAGAAGGAAUAAUUAAAUGAGAAAUUUUAGAAUUUUUAUAAAGAUCCAAAAGUUUAGGCAGAAUUUAAACAUUUUAGAUCAUCUGGUAGUGUGGUAUUAAUAAUAAUAAUAUAUUUAAGGCAUUCAAUCAUUAUUUAAAAUAUUCAGAUGCUUGGAAUUAUAGUGGGAAAAAGAUUGUAUAGUAAGGAUGGUUAGAUUUUGCAAAAGCAUUUAAUUUAUCUUAAGUGUUUAGUGAGGAAUAAUUAAUAAAGGUGUUUACAAAUACAUUGAAAUAGAAGAAUUAUGUAGGUCAUCGAGAAGCAGUUUAAAAGAAUUUAAAAUAUUAAGAUGAGAUAGGAUUAACAUAUUUUGAAUUUGAAUAUUUAUUAUUAAAAAUAGCUAUAAUAGGAUAGGAAUAUUUUAAUUCAAUAUAAAGUGGAAAGAAACUAGAUGAUAAUUUAAAAUAAUUAAUAAUUUAUAAAUAGAAAUAAGGAUAGAAACCAAAGAUAAAACAUAAAUAUGUAGAGAUUUUAGAAGAGAAUAUGAAUAAGACAACCAGUUUUACAUUAGCAGCUUGUUUAGCAUAUUUAGAUAUUCCAUAGAAUAAAGAUUUAUUUGCAGGUAAAUUGAGAUCCAUAGAGGGUGAUGAUAUAAUAGAGGAGACAAAACCAAAAUAAUAGUCAGUUGGUAGAAAUGAUAAUAAAAUUGAUUAGACUUAAAAUAAUUGAAAAAGAAAUAAGGAUUACCAGAAAGUCCAUAAGUGAAGAAGACUGCUAGAUGGGGAAAGCCAGGAACUCAUGGAAAAGGAGCAUAAGAUGAUAAAGAGAUUACAGAUUAAUAAAUUAAGUUACCUUAUCUUUCAAAGAAUGCAAAGAAUUAAGAAUUAUUAGAAAUGACAAAAAGAUGGGAAGAAAUAUAAAAAGAUAAACAAGGGAACAAAAAAUGA